AUGUCAGGAGAAGCCCUCGACGAGAUACAGUGGAAAUCGCCGGAAUUCAUCCAGGAAAGAGGACUUCACACUGGAAAUGUGCUUGAAUACUUUUCGCUUUCGCCGUUCUACGACAGAACGUCCAAUAACCAACAACUCAUGAUGCAAUUUCAGUUUCAACAAAUCCAAAUACCUGUAAAUACCACUUUCCAGCAGUUUUUUCAGGAGAAACUUCGAGAAAUGACUGGUGUAGUUUUUGUCAUAGCUUACAACCGAGAGCCAGACUUCUGGAUUAUACGGAAGCAACUCCAGUUGGAUCCACAGAAUGCUGUAACUUUGCAGGAUUAUUACAUAAUUGGUGCUAAUGUUUACCAAGCGCCAAAAGUAUACGAUGUAUUAUCUUCACGGUUGCUUUCUAGUGUGUUGCAGUUGCGUAAUCUGAUAGAUUUACUCAACAAAAUGACCCAGUUCCAUGUGCUGGAUGGCGGGCAUUCGUACAACAAUGCCAUACACCAGUCCACCAGCAAUCCCACCCAGGGCCAGCUGUCAGGCAAAUCGAUAUCAGCAACAGUAGGGAACACUGGAACCACAGCUACGCCUAUGACUAUGCAAACUCCACAGACUGUAGGACCAAAUGGUCCGGCCACCGUCCAAUCAGGAGCCAACUCAGCUGCUGCUAUAUCUAAGAAUGGAAGCACCAGUAGUGCUGAAAGCGCCGACGACAGAAAGAAUAUUUAUUUGGACGACAUUCCGCUUUACGGAAGAGGAAGUACGGUGGAGAUGUUGGGUUUGAAAGUGAAUUUGGAAAGUUGA